AUGUUUAUCGAUGAAAGUAUCUCUAGUCUGUUCCUUCUGAGUAUGCAAGUCCCACCCCGACUUACCAUCUUACCAUAUGUUUUAUGGUCCGACCAUCUGCAUAAGUGCUUCCUUCAUCAAUUGAAGACUCAUUGUUUGGGUCCAAACAGUUCACCCCAUUUUUUCACUAUGCUAGAGUACAAGCUGCAAGAGAAAAGCGCCGUUGGCAUUAUCAAAAGAAUCAAGUUGACCAAACACCAGGUUUUGAGAGGUUAUCCUAGCCAAGCGGCGUCAGUUGCGCAAAGAAAAAAAUCCUGUCAAGACAAUGAACCUUCGGACGAUGAAGACGAACCAAUGGGGAAGAGUGGGAAGUGGGCUCUCAAGUGCUCCUCUGGAUACGAGUGGAAAGUCGUCCCAAGGGGAUUGCUACUGAGAAAGAUUCCUCUAGUGAAAGUCUCGAAGCCUGAAUGGGACUCUGAGGCAAAUAGUGCACCCAAAAGCGAAGUGCGCUAG